AGCUGGGCUUUGUAAUCAAGCGGUGAGAAAAGUUAGAAACGGGUUGUUGUUAGUAUAGAAACUAUCAGGCGAAUAGCAGCACUGGGACACACAACCAGAGCCUAGGAUCAGUUAACUGCAGCCAGAAUUUCAGUAAACAUCAGUCGCGCUUACAAACUCAAUUGCAAAUAGACCAUUUAAAAGUUAUUGUGCGGGCGUGUUUCAGUGUGAGAAAGUGAGCAACACAAAUACAAGCAAUUAUGUCUAUGAGCAAUUUAUCAGUAGACGGCGAGUUCCGUUAUAUUAUUCAAUGGUUUAACGAAUGGAGUGAGCUCCAACGCGAUGAUUUUGUCUAUGAGAUGGUGGAGUAUCUCUCAAGAGACACGUCUGUUGACGCAGGCGAAGAUGGACGUGGUGGUAGUACCUAUGUAAAUGGCGUCGUCAAUUCCCUGGCCACGUCGAGUGUCCAGGAAAAGCCCAUGAGUCUUUUUCAAUGCCGUAUUAAACUUUUUCGUCAAUGGACUCCCAAAUGGCCGAUUGAAUUCAAAUCUAAACUGCAAGAGAAAAUCAACGAAAUGGACCCCAAAGUGGGAGAGAAAAUCAUCAAUGAACUGAAGACACCACAUUCUAUGCACAAUGGUGACGUAUCUGUUCUUUUGAAUGUAAAUGGAGCUAGCGGCAACGGGUACACUGAAUUGGAGCAAGCGGCGGUAGACUCUGAAACAUUGCCAAGUACAAUGGAAACAUUGGCAGCGCCAGUCGCAGCGGCAGCAGCUGCAGUUGUUAACGAUGUUAUUGACCAGACUUUGGAGACAGUUAAUGAUAACCAUUUAGCAGCUGUAUUGCGUCAAGAAACGCCAGUUGAUGAUGAUGAUGAUGACCAGCUCGCUGGCAAUGAUUGCAAUGCUGAUACAAAUGGCAUUUAUGCGUCGACGGCUGCAGUGACAACGAUUGCGGUGAAUACGUCCCCAACAGAGCAGUCGCCGUCGCAGUCGCAGCAGUUACAGCAGUCGCAACCGAGCAUCGAACCUGUAGAACAGGUCGAGAAUAACGUUUCAGCCAGUGUCAUUGUCUCUGUGGCUGCUGCGCCCGAGGUAGUCCCGGUGGCAUAGAUACACGGCUGCUUGUGGCGCUUGUUAGGAGAGCAAGCGGUCGAAAUAAAAGAAGGCUUAUUGGAGCAGUUGGGCACCACAUACGCAUAGCAUUGUACGCCAUCAGAAUCAAUACAUUCCAUAUACACACAUUUCUAGAAAGUUAGAAUAUAUAUGCAUAAUUUAAGCUAAAGUUCAUUUCAUUUCAUGUGCAUUUGUAUUUGCGUUAAGCAGACUUACUAAAUAUGUUAGUAAUAUUUUAAGUACAACAUAUGAUCAAAAUAUAUUUACAAACAUA